AUGGCUUCUUUGCACGACUUCGCUCAACUCCACAUGGCAUUUUCUAAUCAGUCUCAUGCCAAUGUCUCUUCUGGCUCUAUCCGCCUUCCGCUCACUGUGCUCGAUACAUUAGUGCCAGGUUCUUCUCACCUCGCAACCUUCCUGCUCGGAUUCGGCCUCGACAUCUCUCUGUUUGUCUCGUGGAGUGCCAUCCUUGCCACAGUAUGGGCUGCACUCCGAUUCGGCCUGAUACCUGCCUACCAAUUCAUUGUGAAAGCGCUCAGCUCGUCGGUGAUUGUGGAAGAAUACGACCCCAUCUACAAUCAUGUCCUCAAUUGGGCCAGUGCCCAAAAAUAUUUACAAGAUAUCCGCUCCCUCCGAGCCCACACUGCAGGACAAUACUACGACGACUUGGAAGAUUACGGAGAAGAUGACAACCACCAGAUGCGGAUCCGGGAAGGCAUGUCGGAAGAUACCAUCUUUAACUUCAACAACUGGUCUGCCCGGGCCCCGCCGACGUUCCGACCGCAUUCUUCGUCAGGUUGGUUCUUCCAUAAUUGCCGCCUGUUCCGGUUGUACCGCAGUCGCGAUCGUGUCGCCAGCGACUUUACCGGCGCCGUGUACGAAAGAGAGCGGCUGGAAAUAUCAGUUAUCUGGUUGUCUCCCAAGCCAAUCAAGAGCAUGAUCCAAGAAGCCCGGGAAUUCCACCUUAUUCGUCGGACGUCCACGACCACGAUUAAGCGCCCUACCCCAAAGUCUCAGAGAUCUGGACGCGGACAAGCUUGGACCACCAUCGCAAACAGACCCAGCAGGUCCAUGGCCACGGUUGUGCUGGACAACGAUCAAAAGGCGGCCAUUUUGAAAGAUUUCAAUGACUUUUUGCACCCGCGAACGGCGCGAUGGUACAGCAAUCGAGGGAUUCCCUACCGUCGAGGUUACCUCUUUCAUGGUCCGCCAGGGACCGGCAAGACCUCGUUGUCGUUUGCUCUUGCCGGGGUUUUUGGACUUGACAUCUAUUGCCUCGCGCUGUCCGAAGCUACGCUGACUGAAGAAGAUUUGGUCUUGCUCUUCAACAGCCUGCCAAAGCGAUGUAUCCUACUCCUUGAGGACAUUGAUAGUGCUGGCCUAGGCAGGGCGCCGGGAGCGAAGGACGCGGAAAAGCGAGAAACGACCAAUCAGUCGCCGUCCAGCAAAGGUACACAGAGAAAGAAGAAGUCCCUUGAGGAUGAAGAUGCCAAAGACAAAUCUGCUGGCGUCCCGCCGCCCACGGUAGUAGGUCAGCCCAAUGCAUUUGGGAAAGAACCAACAUUCAAAAACACACUGACAUUCUCUGGCCUUCUCAAUGCCAUAGACGGUGUCGCAAGUCAGGAGGGCAGAGUCCUCAUCAUGACGACCAAUCACCUGGAAAGAUUGGAUGAAGCCCUCACCCGGCCUGGUCGGAUUGAUUUGACCAUCAAGUUUGACCUGGCAACUAAGCAGCAGAUCAAAGACCUCUUUCUUCGCAUGUAUUGCGUUGACUCAAUCGAGAUGACGCGGCAGCCGGCGAGGAUCAGUCAGAUAUUGCCGAGCAGGCCAGAGACCGAAGUGCCAGGUGCACCUACAUUCAAGAGCGGCGAUGUCGAAAGCAGUCACGUCGGCCACCUUGGUAAUAACAACGAUCCAAAGCCACGGUUAUCACCAGGGGAGUCUUUCGACGGCAGCUCAGUGGUGGACCUUGCGGAGCGAUUCGCUGACUCUCUUCCUGAACGGGCCUUGUCGCCAGCGGAGAUCCAAGGCUUCCUCUUGGUCAGGAAGAAGUGUCCCGGGCAGGCAGUUGCGGACGUGGUCAAAUGGAGGGAUGAGAAGAUGCCAAAAAAAUGUGAGACAACAAAAGCAAAGAAGAACCUAAGGCAGGCCAGGGAAUAUGCUAAUGGGAGUAUCACGGUGAGCGAAGGAGAGAACAUGGAGGCCCCGUCCUCAUUUAACGACAGCGCGCUGUCUAACGAGCAAAAGAAACUAGAGGGGAUGGCCAGUGGUCUGUCCGGGGUGCUUGCGAGUGGUGAGGACGCGAUACGCCACGCGGAGCCAACUUGGUCAACCACUGUCGAGCCAGACGCGGCUGUCGCGAGAGCAGGAAUAGGAGACCAAGCGGAGCGUGAGGAUGAGGAUGAUGGUACCCAAGCACACCGCACUGCCGCGGCGAGUUCAGGAAGGCAAGUCAAACCCGCCGAACAUGGCGCAAGUGAUGCCGGAUCCCUGACGAGCUCAGGACCAGAUGAGAAUCGGAAUGACAUUGAGAGCGACAGUGGCGACGACAAUGCUAACGAGCUCGGCCACGGCGCGACCGCGGAAGACGGAGAUGUCGACGAUGCAGAGUACGACCACGGCGACCACGACGGCGACAGCACCAGUGCCGGCGACAAUGACAGACUCUCAGCGCGCCAUCAUCAUCACCGCCAACAUUGGGCUUUUUUGCGCACAAGCACUGGAAGUGGAAGAGGAGGCGGAGCAGGCAGAUUGGGCGGCUCAAACGAAUAUGCGGGCGUCGAAGGCGACGGCGACGGCGACGACCACUGUGAAUGCGGCUGUGACUAUGAGUGCGAUUAUCUAUGA